UCCUCAUUUUUUCUGGUACAUUAGUCAGUCAAAGAACUAAGCAAACCAGACCGAGCUGCAUUGUUUAUUGGAGAACCUCCCCGUUAAGCAGACCGGAACGGAGCAUUUUAUUUCCAAUGAUAAACGGCUUGAGUGAACUAUCUUUAUUUUUCCACUAUCUUUGGCAAUAGUACAUUUCACUUCUCUCCUCGGAUUUUGACAGCAGGACUGAUACGUUUUCAGAAAAUUGGAUUAAAGCCACUCGCUAAGAGUGUUGCCGUUGACUAGGGCUUGAGCCACUGCACCAGCCUUGUUUUUUUUGUCUUCAAGACUUCUAUUUUCUGCAUACCCAGAAUGACACAGAUUGGAUUAAACACAGAGGACUGAUCCAAAGAGGUGUGUCGCGAGCAGGUAAAACCGAGAGCCUGGGGCAAAGAAGAAAGACAAGACAAGGAAUGAUGACUUACAACAACAGAGAACUGGUGGUAUACUAUAUCACCUAUAAACUAUCACAGAGGGACUACCCUUUCAACCACAUGGAGCUCACAGAAGCCCAGAAUUGUACUGAGGGGGGGCAGGUGGAAGGGGGUGCGGCAGUCAUGACAUACGUCAACGGGACGAGUCCCGGUACUCCUCCACCACGGCAGUCGCCCCCCUCCUCCCCUCGGCGGACAGCGGGCCUGGACGCAGUGAAAGAGGCAUUGCGGGACUCUGCCAACGAGUUUGAGCUGCGUUAUGCCAGAGCUUUCAGUGACCUGUCCUCCCAGCUACACAUCACGCCGUCCACAGCCUAUCAGAGCUUUGAGAACGUGAUGGACGAGGUGUUCCGGGACGGUGUCAACUGGGGACGGGUGGUGGGCCUGUUUGCUUUCGGAGGGGCCCUCUGUGUAGAAUGUGUGGACAAGGAGAUGAACCCCUUGGUGGGUAGGAUCACAGACUGGAUGACCGUCUAUCUGGACAACCACAUCCAGCCCUGGAUCCAGAGCCAAGGAGGAUGGGACCGGUUUGCCGAGAUCUUUGGGAUGGACGCUGCAGCCGAGAGCAGGAAGUCUCAGGAGAGCUUUAAGAAGUGGUUUCUGGCGGGGAUGACCCUGGUCACAGGAGUCGUCGUAGGGUCACUCUUCGCUCAGAAACGCCUGUGAGAACGACAGCCACAACAGACGCCGUCUUGUACGGGUGGAGGGGGGUGGAAUGAAGGAAUUAGUUUAACUUUUCUUAUUUCUCCUUUUUAAUUUCCAAGAAAAUACAUGAUUAUGUUUGAACCUUCCAUCCCACCAUACACUGAGGACUCUGACAAACUGUUGAGAUUAAAGACAGCGGUCACUUAUGUUACCCUCAUCAAAGACCUCCCUGCAACACCCUAAAACACAGGAAAAUGGAGGGAGGUAUCUAGAACUGUCUUGGGCCAAACCUUCCUCUUUUUUCCCUUUUGUUUACUCUUUCCUGUUGACCUUUUCUCCAAUUGCUGUAUUAAUUAGGUUUUUUUUACAAAUGUAAAAGUGAUUCAGAAACAAGCUAGCGCAUCAUAUUCGGCGCAUUGGCCUAAAAUGAGUGAGGUAAUUUAAUUUGUCGUGUGUGUUCAUUGGUUUGUUUUUAUUUUGAUUUAUUUUUUAACCAUUAAAACCCACGUGAUCAUU